GUGUGCACGCCGGUGGGGGGGCAUAUCUGGCGAGGAGAAAACACAAGGUCAAGAAGCAGUUCUGCUCCUCCAUGGAAGAAGACGGGAGCGAUGAGCCUUGAGGAGGACGACGAAGCGAAGGGGCGGAUGGUUGAGAGCUGCCGCUGCUGGGCUUUCCCUCGGGAGUGACGGGACGCAGAAGGCUGAAGGGGCCGGAGGAAGGCAGCGCUGGGGUCGGGAGGGGAGGGAGCGAGGAGAGGAAGGCGAGAAGGAAGCGGGGGGUUUGAAUCUCCCUGGCUGGAUUAUUUGUCCUCAGAGGAAGCUGCUUCUGCCCGGGGUGUGCGAGUGGCUCUGCCAUCGCUGCCCGUCGCUGGCCGCGCCUCGGCCCAUGGCCCCCGCGGCGAAGAUGGAGCUGGGCAGCCCGGCGAGGAGAGUGGCAGCAGCCCCCGCGCCCCUGGGUGUCUGGAGACCCUUUCCCUCCUCCUGCUGCUGCUGCUUCUUCUCGCUCCUGGAUGUGAACAGCUGGCUGCUCUUCUACGGCUUCUUGUACCUGGCUCUCUAUGCCCAAGUGUCCCAGUCCAAGUCCUGCGACAAAAUCUCCUGCUUCUCGGGUCAUUGUGUCAACUCCACCUGUGUCUGCGACCAAGGCUGGGUGGGCGACCAGUGUCAACACUGCCAGGGCAGGUUCAAGUUAACAGAACCUUCUGGAUAUUUAACAGAUGGACCAAUAAAUUAUAAAUAUAAAACUAAAUGUACAUGGUUAAUUGAAGGAUACCCAAAUGCCAUACUAAGAUUAAGAUUUAAUCACUUUGCCACAGAAUGUAGUUGGGACCACAUGUAUGUAUAUGAUGGAGAUUCAAUAUAUGCACCUUUAAUAGCUGUAUUCAGUGGUCUAAUAGUCCCUGAAGUGCGUGGAAACGAAACUGUUCCCGAAGUAGUUACUACAUCUGGCUAUGCAUUGCUACACUUUUUCAGUGAUGCUGCUUACAACCUAACUGGAUUUAACAUUUUCUACUCGAUUAAUUCUUGUCCUAAUAACUGCUCAGAACAUGGGAAGUGUACAACCAGUGUGUCCAUACCAAGCAGGGUGUACUGUGAGUGUGACAAGUACUGGAAAGGAGAAGCGUGUGAUAUUCCAUACUGCAAAGCCAACUGUGGCAGUCCAGACCAUGGGUACUGUGAUUUGACAGGCGAGAAGCUGUGUGUUUGCAACGACAGCUGGCAAGGUCCGGAUUGUUCCUUGAAUGUCCCUUCCACUGAGUCAUACUGGAUCCUCCCAAACGUAAAGCCUUUCAGCCCUUCUGUGGGACGGGCUUCCCAUAAGGCAGUCCUGCAUGGGAAGUUCAUGUGGGUGAUUGGUGGAUACACUUUUAACUACAGCUCCUUCCAAAUGGUGUUGAACUACAAUUUGGAAAGCGAUAUAUGGAACGUAGUACCUGUAUCCAAAGGGCCACUCCAGAGAUAUGGACACACUCUUGCUUUGUAUCAGGAAGACAUCUACAUGUACGGGGGCAAAAUCGAAACAAAUAAUGGCAAUGUUACCGAUGAGCUCUGGAUUUUCAACAUCCCCAGCCAAACAUGGAGUACCAGAACUCCUGCAGUGCUUAUACAUGGCCAACAAUAUGCUGUGGAAGGUCAUUCAGCACACAUCAUAGAGCUGGACAGCAGAGAUGUAGUCAUGAUUGUGAUUUUUGGAUAUUCUGCCAUAUAUGGUUACACAAGCCUUGUGCAAGAGUACUACAUCAGAUCUAAUUCUUGGGUCGUACCAGAAACUAGAGGAGCAAUUGUGCAGGGUGGAUAUGGCCACACCAGUGUCUAUGAUGGACUGACAAAAUCAGUUUAUGUCCAUGGUGGCUACAAAGCCUUACCUGGCAAUAAAUAUGGAUUGGUGGACGAUCUUUACAGAUAUGAAGUUAAUACUCGGACAUGGACUAUUUUGAAAGAGAGCGGUUUUGCAAGAUACCUUCAUUCAGCUGUCAUCAUCAAUGGAGCCAUGCUCAUUUUUGGUGGAAACACUCAUAAUGACACUUCCCUGAGUAAUGGUGCAAAGUGUUUUUCUGCUGAUUUUCUUGCGUAUGAUAUAGCUUGUGAUGAAUGGAAGAUUUUACCAAAACCUAAUCUACAUCGUGAUGUCAACAGAUUUGGUCACACUGCUGUUGUCAGUAAUGGGUCCAUGUAUAUCUUUGGAGGGUUUUCAAGUGUUCUUUUGAAUGACAUCCUCGUGUACAAGCCUCCGAACUGUGAAGCGUUCAGAGAUGAAGAGCUGUGUAAAAAUGCCCGUCCAGGGAUAAGGUGUCUGUGGAACAAGAAACACUGUGAAUCCUGGGAAUCUGGGCAUGCUAAUAACAUCCUCAGAGCAAAAUGUCCUAAGAAAUCAGCUGCUGCAGAUGACAGAUGUUACCGAUACGCGGACUGUGCGAGCUGCACUGCCAACACAAACGGCUGCCAGUGGUGUGAUGACAAGAAGUGCAUUUCAGCAAAUAGCAACUGUAGCAUGUCGGUUAAAAACUACACCAAAUGUCAUGUGAGGAAUGAACAGAUCUGCAAUAAAUUGACCAGCUGCAAAAGCUGCUCGCUGCACCUGAACUGCCAGUGGGACCAGCGGCAGCAAGAGUGCCAGGCAUUACCUGCUCAUCUGUGUGGGGAAGGAUGGAGUCAUAUUGGAGAUGCCUGCCUCCGCAUCAAUUCUAGUCGUGAAAGCUAUGACAAUGCCAAAUUGUAUUGCUACAAUUUAAGUGGGAAUCUUGCCUCAUUAACAACCUCUAAAGAAGUGGAAUUUGUUCUGGAUGAAAUACAGAAGUAUACACUUCAGAAAAUUUCCCCUUGGGUAGGUUUACGCAAGAUCAACAUCUCCUACUGGGGGUGGGAUGACAUGUCUCCUUUCACAAACACAACUCUGCAGUGGCUGCCUGGAGAACCAAACGACUCUGGCUUCUGUGCCUAUCUAGAAAGAGCAGAGGUGGCCGGCCUGAAAGCGAAUCCCUGCACUGCAAUGGCAGAUGGGCUUGUGUGUGAGAAACCUGUUGUCAGUCCCAACCAGAAUGCCAGACCCUGCAAAAAGCCAUGUUCCCUGCGAACAACAUGUGCCAACUGCACAAGUAAUGGUAUGGAAUGCAUGUGGUGCAGCAGUACGAAACGAUGUGUGGACUCCAAUGCCUAUAUAAUCUCCUUCCCAUACGGACAGUGUCUAGAAUGGCAGACAGCCACAUGCUCCCCUCAAAACUGCUCUGGACUGAGGACUUGUGGACAGUGUUUGGAACAACCUGGGUGUGGAUGGUGCAAUGAUCCCAGUAACACUGGAAGAGGGCAGUGCUUGGAAGGAUCAUCACGAGGCCCAAUGAAGCCUGUUGGCACGCACUCCAGUGAAAUGGUGCUCGAUGCUGGGCUUUGCCCCAAAGAGAAAAAUUAUGAGUGGUCUUUUAUCCAAUGUCCAGCUUGCCAGUGUAAUGGCCACAGCACCUGCAUCAACAGUAAUGUCUGUGAUCAGUGUAAGAACUUAACAACAGGGAAGCAGUGUGAAACGUGCAUGCCAGGGUAUUAUGGGGACCCCACAAAUGGAGGACAAUGUACAGCUUGCACAUGCAGUGGACAUGCAAAUAUUUGUCACAUGCAGACAGGAAAAUGCUUCUGCACAACUAAGGGAAUCAAAGGAGACCAAUGUCAACUCUGUGACUCUGAAAAUAGGUAUCUUGGAAAUCCACUUAGGGGAACAUGUUACUACAGCCUUUUGAUUGAUUACCAGUUUACCUUCAGCUUAUUACAAGAAGAUGAUCGCCAUCACACUGCCAUAAACUUUAUAGCAAACCCUGAACAGUCAAAUAAAAAUUUGGAUAUAUCAAUUAAUGCAUCAAACAACUUCAACCUCAAUAUUACAUGGUCAAUUGGUUCUACAGCUGGCACCAUAUCUGGAGAAGAGAUUCCUGUUGUUUCUAAGGGUAACAUUAAAGAAUACAGAGAUAGCUUUUCCUGUGAAAAGUUCAACUUUCGGAGCAACCCAAACAUCACUUUCUAUGUCUAUGUCAGCAAUUUCUCCUGGCCAAUCAAAAUACAGAUUGCCUUCUCACAGCACAACACCAUCAUGGAUCUGGUGCAGUUCUUUGUCACCUUCUUCAGUUGUUUCUUAUCCUUACUGCUGGUAGCCGCUGUCGUUUGGAAAAUCAAACAAACCUGUUGGGCUUCUCGACGGAGAGAGCAACUUAUGCGGGAGCGACAGCAGAUGGCCAGCCGCCCCUUUGCUUCUGUCGAUGUAGCACUGGAAGUAGGAGCUGAGCAAACAGACUUUCUACGAGGGCCAUUAGAGGGUGCUCCUAAACCGAUUGCCAUUGAGCCAUGUUCAGGGAACAGAGCAGCAGUCCUCACGGUUUUCUUAUGUCUACCCAGAGGAUCAUCAGGAGUCCCACCCCCCGGUCAGUCAGGUCUUGCAAUUGCAAGUGCACUGAUAGACAUUUCACAACAGAAGCCUGCGGACUGUAAAGAUAAGAGUUCAGGAGUCAGAAAUCGAAAACAUCAUCUUUCAACACGUCAAGGAACUUGUGUCUGAGAUUCCAAACCCACAGCUGUAUAUUCUGUAAUGUUUUCUUUUUAAAUGGCUUCUGUUGAAAGCUAUACUACAGCCUCAGUUUUUAUGGAGGCAGAUCUAUGAAUGAACCUAUGAGGUACUGUGCUCUGUUCUAGUCACACAGCCUACUCUACCCCAGAGCAGAACAAGCUUACGGUAGGUAUUGUCUGAUGGUUUUUAACAAAGCGUGGAUCCUGACAGCAACAAAAGAUGAAAUAAAACACUUAGUAUUCUUAAUUCUGACCAUAGCAGAGCAGGAAAAAACCCUUGAACAGAACUAGGAAAAACUGUACAUUGUUUUGUAAUGUAGAAGGAAAUUGUAUAAUUGAAAACUAAGCAAAUUCCAGGGAACUAAAGGAAUUUUUUUGUACAGCUUAAUGUAACAAUGAGAAUUGUACAGUUCUUUCCUUAUAAGCAGCAUUAAGAUUUCUUUCCAACAAGCAGGAAUGAAAGAGGAUCAUUUGGAUUUAGCUGUUCCUUUGUAAUUUCCUCAGAUAUGGAGGCAGCUUUUGAAUUUAGCAGACGUAUAUCCCAAGAACAGCGCAUGUCAUAUGGGAAGGAUUCCAUACAAAUAAUAAUAGGAAUAAUUUGAGCGUUUCAGGAUUGUUUUUCUUUACUGUGAAAAGAACUCAGAAACUUAAUUGGGGCUGCAGCUGAGUAUUGGGUGGGCCUUCGUGUGUCUGUACCUAAGAGUCUGUUCUUAAUUCCAAAUGAUGACUUUUACAAAGAGGAAGUGUCAGUCCUCCAUGCCAGCUGGUUAGCAAAAUUAACUGAGCAUGGAGAAGCUUCUUCUGCAAGAGUGUGCUUGUUUUUCCAAGAGUCUCCAAGACUGCAAAUCUAAGGACAGUUUAACUUGUUGUUCUACUUGCUCCCAUUUCAAUAUUGAAAUUUGCUGGUGUCUAUAUAUUGUCUUGACCUCCAAGCAGAAGAAAUUAAUUCUAGACCUUUGACCCUUGUUUUUAUAAUGGGAAUGGGUAGAUUCAGACUGGAUAUUAGGAAGAAGUUCUUCUCCGUGAGGGUGGUGAGAGCCUGGAAUGGGCUGCCCAGGGAGGUGGUGGAAGCCCCAUCCCUGGAGGUGUUUAAGGCCAGUCUGGAUGAGGCUCUAGGCAGUCUGAUGUAGUGUGAGGUGUCCCUGCCUGUGGCAGGGAGGUUGGAACUAGAUGAUCCCUUCCAACCCUGACUGAUUCUAUGAUUCUAUGAAUAAAGUAUGGAUUUUAUUUUUCUUUUUCCCUCCCAGCUGCAGAAUUUAAUUUUGCUCUCACUUUCACACCACCAGUUAAGGAAUUACUCUGCAUAGCAAAAGUCAAACAAAUAUUUAGAAAUCCAAGAUGCUUCCAGCGGUGGUUCUCAAAUCCAGCAGCCGCUACGGAACCUCACACAAUCAGAACUCAGCAGCAAGGAGCUGAUGUUCCUUUCUGUGGAACAUUAGUCUUUCAGAGGCUCAGUCACCACAAUAGAUAACCUAACAAACAGCUUUAACAGCCCACAGUCUUUUUUAUUUACUGAGAAUUCAUGAGCAUACAAAAGAGUAAGAGAAUGCUAAGGGGUAGGUAGCAGAUAUGUCAUAUCCUCAUUAACACAUUACAUGUUGACCACAUAGGAGUUUUGUCCAAGCUUGUUGAAAAUAUCCUUUCUCAGCUCCAACUUAGCCAUCACACUAAUGCAGGAAAGUGAUACAGAGGUCUAAAUGCCUCAUGUAAUGAUAGACUUUUGGUAAAUAUGAAAGCUAUAAAAAGAUAAUUGAUGUUUACUACUAUAUCUGUAUUUUUCAUGUUCUUUUUAUUUCAGGGAGAUGAUGACAUUUUACUGUUUAUAGUUGACUACAUAGUUACUUGCAUGCCAUGGUGGUGCAGUAGCAGUAAUAAAGCCCUGUUGUGAGUUGUGUUUAUUUUGUAAUGCCAUUCAUACCUGGAGGUGCUCAGCUUCAUUUGGGUGAGGACUAAAUGUAAAAAUGACUAUAAAAACAAACAACAAAAAAAGGAAUGAUUGUACAGUCUGUAGUUUUAUCUUAUCCAGGAAAAUCAUGUUGCAUCUAACCAUUACUGCUCUAUUGUUUUGAUAAAUUAUGCUAUAAUUAUUUCUUAUGCUGGCAUGGUUGUCUCAAUAUUUUCAUAUCUUAAAAUAAGAUUAUUAUUCAAAAAUAA